GCAAAAUUAGUAAAGGAUUAGAUUUCCACAAAUGCAACGGUAUGGAAUUCAAGAAUUAAAAAACAAUGCACAGAAUAAAAAUACAACAUAAAGAGCUGUCUUGUGGUGAAUGUUUAUAAAAGUUGGGUCCCGCAAUAAGUCUUUCUGAAGCGAUAAAGAGUUACGAAGCGAGACAGAGUUCACAAAGGAAAAAUUGAUGGCAAAACUGGUAACAUCAACAGUUAUGUCAAGAUCAUUCUCCGUAAUGCAUUAUCAAAGACCGAGAUUGCAAAAGGUGCGAGUCCAGUUUGGCGUGAGGAGUUUCUGUUCGAGACGACUGAACUAAACAGAGACUUGCAUCUAGAACUAUGGAGUUGUGGUAUUCUGCAGGACACACUUUUGGGUUCAGCACGAAUACCUCUGAUUCACAUCCAUCACUCCAAUGAGGAAUGUAGCUCUAUGUGGAUACCGUUGUAUCGUAUGGCGGGCUCAAGAGCAGUUGAUGUUGGUCACCAGUUAUGCAUUGCAACGAGAUUUGCUCUGCCCAACGGACUUACGGAGAACGAAGCCGCUGAUCUUCAAGAGAAACUGGAUUGGUUAAACGUCAUAAUGCAGGACGAAUUACAAAUAAUUCAAAAACAGGCUCACAAACACAAGGAACUUAAGUCCCUUGUCGCCUCAAAUGGAUUGCAAGCAAAAAAUCCACAGAACAAUUCUGUUGACGGUCCGUCAUCUCAUUUAACGACUAACUCCGAGACCGCCGGAACCAAUGAAAACAGCGACACCGAAGCCGACCGUCAACGGAUGAAACCCCCUGAACAAUUGCCAAUCAACAGUUCUUCACGGAACUCGCAAAGGAUCCCCCGUCAGGGCGCCUUGAAAGUACGAUCACCAGUGAGGACGACUGAAUCGGAGGAUAUUGACUAUCUUGCUCCUGAACAAAAUUUGAUUGGUGGCGAUUACACGAGUCUUUCCGAAUACGACAGCAGUCGAGAAGGCUCGGUUUCCAGUCGUGGGGGCGACGAGACGCGAGUAAGGAGACCACGAAGAAAGAGAGGAUUUUAUAUCUCGCAAAGAAACGAAGAGAGGCUCACAGCUGUUUUUGGCGAAAACACCAAGAAUUUUUUAUGCAAUAUCGAUAUGCGGCCAGAUUUGAAGCCUCAGACGGAUGCUAUAUCAACACAUGCUAUGAAUCAUUUCUCUGCCAGACGCCAUGCUAGAAUGUCGAUGGUUCAACGAGAUAAUUUCACGAAUGAAGAUAUGAAGUUACAUGUUUACAAGAAAACAUUACAAGCGAUGUUGUAUCCAAUUUCUGAUACCACACCACAUGAUUUUAGUGUUUGGUCCGCACAAAAGCCUGCGUACUGUUACGAGUGCCAAGAACUUCUCUGGGGCCUGGCACGACAAGGCCUUCGUUGCAACAAAUGUGGAGUGAAAUGUCAUGAAAAAUGCAAGGAUCUCUUGAAUGCCGACUGCCUCCAACGCGCCGCUGAGAAGGCAGCCAAACAGGGCGAGGGUUAUAAACAGGAAGCGGUGACAAAUGCAAUCAAGGAACGCAUGCGCGAAAGGCAGAUUGUCAAAGAAGAGUCGUUCAAUAUAAUAAGAAAUGUGUUUCAGGUGGAAAACAACCUUCACGAGGUUUAUCUUCAAAGUGCGCAAAAGCAAAUCCUCGCUGGAACAUCAAAAUGGUCGGCAAAACUUGCAAUAACUGUCGUUUCCGCUCAGGGACUCAUUGCUAAAGAUAAAACAGGAACCAGUGAUCCUUAUGUGACAGUUCACGUGGGAAGGACGAAGAAACGAACAAAGACGAUACUCCACGAGCUCAAUCCGUCAUGGAACGAAACCUUUCAUUUCGAAUGCCACAAUUCUACAGAUCGGAUUAAAGUUCGUGUGUGGGACGAAGAUGACGAUUUAAGAUCCAGAGUUUUAUCGAGAUUUACAAAAGAAGCGGACGACUUUCUUGGUCAGGCGAUUAUCGAAGUGCGCACCUUAAGUGGAGAGAUGGAUGUUUGGUAUAACUUGGAAAAGCGAACCGACCGGUCAGCAGUAUCGGGAGCCAUACGACUUCACAUAAGCAUCGAAAUAAAGGGUGAAGAAAAACUGGUUCCUUAUCAUACGCAGUACACGAGUCUUCAUGAGAACAUGUUCCGCUAUCUCUGCAAACAAAAUGACGAGAAAGUUCCCAUCCCUGAAGUGUCUGAGAAGGACGAAGCGUGGAAAGUGUAUUUCCCCGAGUUAUAUCAGGAAGUCAUUAAGGAAUUUUCAAUGAGAUACGGAAUUGAAACAAUUUACCAAGCGAUGACGCAUUUUUCCUGUCUUGCCGAACGCUACACCAGUCCAGGUGUUCCGGAUGUCUUGAGCAAACUGCUGGCCAAUGUGAACGCUUUCUUUGCUCACACAACAUCAAGCAACAUGGCCUCCGCUUAUGAUAGAUUUGCUGCUAUAAACUUUGGCCGCGAACAUUUUGUGAAGAUUUUGGAUCAGCUGCACAAUUCCUUACGUGUUGACUUGCAGAGUUAUCGAAGUAAUUUUCCUUCGCAAAAUGAGGAGAAAAUGAUCGAUUUAAAGUCAACUGUGGAUUUAUUGACCAGUAUCACGUUUUUUAGACUUAAGGUUCAAGAAAUAACGAAUCCUCCUCGGACUUCCGUUGUGGUUGCUGAGUGUGUUAAGAACUCCCUCGAGAAUACGUACACUUUCAUUUUCAAUAACUGCAGUGAACUUUAUGAACAUUCAACGUCUAAUGACAAAGAUUAUUGUGUUAAUUCACCCAAUCACAUUGAUUUCUGGCCACAGUUAAUCACGCUAAUGGUGUCGGUCAUUGAAGAAGAUAUAAAAUACUACACUCCAGUUUUAAGUCAAUUCGCUGAUUUGAACAUUGGAGAGAUGUCAGCGACGACAAUGUGGCUGUCGUUUUCUCGCGAUCUCACGGAUACUUUGAAACAACACGAACAGUGUCCUACAUGGGCGAGCACGGACUAUAUGAAUCUUUUUUUCAAGGUGAAAUGGCUCUAUAACGAAUACGUUGCCAAUUGUUCGCAAUUCCAGGGUCAUGUUCCCAAGUAUUCAUCGUGGUUUGAACCGUUUGUGCUUCAAUGGAUGGCAGAAAAUGAAAAAAUCACCGUAGAUAUGAUGUUUGGCGCCUUAGAUCAAGACAGAACAAAUGGGUUUAAGCUAAGCGCUGAACAAUCCAACAUCUCUACUUCUGUCGUCGACAUAUUCUGGAGUUUAAAUCAGAGUUACGACAUUAUAAAGCAGCUUGGAAAGGAAUCGUGUUCUAAAUUUGAAAUUUACUUGUGGAAAUUUUCUCAGACUAUUUCUAGAGUUCUUUUGGAGUACUCCGAGAAAAUGAAACAGGAGUUCUUGAGUUACUGUUUAAGAGACGAACGAAGAGAGGUGUGUGUUCUACUGAAUGAUAUUCAAGAAUGUCGUAAUAAUCUGGAACAACUUUACAAGUUGAUGGGAGCAAAUGAGUUACCAGAUGAAUGCAAGGAGAGUUUCAGUGAACUGCAAGUUCACCUGAGCUCUGUUCUUGACGAGAUGUGCAAGACUUACGUGAAUCAUCUAGAUCUUAUCGAACCAAUCAGAGGAGUGGAUCAGGAGCUGAAUAAGAUAAAGGGAAAUGAAAGUUUUCAAACUCUCGGUGCUGAAGUUUUAAAGAAAAAGACGGAAGAAGUUUUGAGUCCUUUGUUGGAGCCACUGCAAGCAAAGUUGUCGUUGAUGGCCGAGAAAUGUGAGAAAUCUGUCCUAAAAAGAGUUGCCAAGGAAUUGUGGAAAAAAGUUUUGAAAACUCUCGAGACGGAAAUAGUGCUGCCGCCAUUUAAAACGAAGAGUCUUGAGAUCGAGGAGACUAAAAGACUUACACACAAGCAGUGUGGAGUUCUGGAAUCUGCACUCGCCAGACUGAAGGACUACUUUCACAACAAAGGACAGGGAUUAAAACGAGCGUUCUUGGAGAAAUCGGAGGAGUUACAUAAGUUAAAGAAAGCUUUGUCAUUAUACACUCAAACGACGGAUACUCUGAUCAAAACUUUCAUAAAAACACAACAACAACAAGCUAAAGAGGCCGUGGAUGAUCCGAUGGGCGAAGUGUCCGUUCAGGUCGAUUAUAUGAGUCAUCCGGGAACUGGAGAUCAUAAGCUGACCGUAAAAGUCGUCGAAGCCAAAGAACUACGUUGGCAUGCGGCAGGAAUGUUCAAUCCCUUUGUCGAAAUUGUGGUCGUUGGGCCUCAUCUUUCUUCGAGGCGUCGCAAAAACGAAACGAAAUCGAAAAGAAACAACUGGAAUCCAUCGUUCAACGAGACCUUCUACUAUAAUCUUGGCAACGAAGACGAGGCGGACGGCUACGAAAUUAAUUUUAGCGUCAAAGAUUAUUGUUUUGCACGUAAAGAUAAACUUCUAGGAACCACUGUCUUACAACUAAAACAGGUUGUUUCUAUGGCGUCAUGCGCAUGCUCUUGUCCCCUUGGGAGAUCGCUGACCAUGGAUAAUAUUGGCGCAACUAUCGUUAGGAUUUUAGCUCAGCGUACGACGGAAGAGGUGGCACAGGAAUUUGUUCAUUUGAAAAUGGCUGAACGUGAUAAGGAUGCUGAUUGACACAAUGAAGUUGAACAUUUUAAUGUCAUAACAUGAAAAUUUUUGUUUUUUCGAUUUUAUUUAUUUAUGACGUCAUCAUUUUAUUCAUUGAUGACGUCAUAAUUUUACUUUCUUGGAACGGUGGAUCCUCACUUCACUUUUGUCACAAAAAUUUUAAAGUUUGGUUUUUUAUAGUUUAGGGCAUAAGUGAAAGCACAUCAAUAUUCUGGUAAGAAUUUGCAUUAAUACACCAAGAUGCUAAGAAUUCUUUGUGAAAAUUACUUAAAGAUAAUCUUAUUUAGGUAAGGUUGAACAAUUUAUUUGUCGGAUAACUUAGUUGCACCUAUUACACCAAAAUAUUUUGUAAAAAGUUACAUACAUAAAAUUUAUGUGCGACCAAAUUUAAUUCAGGAGAUAGUCAUUUAUAGAUUGGUAAAUUUAUGUAAUAGACCUAAUAAUUUAAUAUGAAUUUUUACCAUAUGUGCA